AAGAAAUAGAGAGAGAAAAAUUGCCACCGCUACCUUCCAUCAGUUCCAUGGCAAUGACUCACUACUUUGUUCCAGUUUCUCCUGCAAUCAACCCCUCAAAAUGCCUUGCAGGAACCUCAAUCCCAACCCCAUCCUUCUGUUCUUCUCUUCCCAGCAAUUCCUUGCAAAGAUUUAAGACUCCCAAUCUUGCAUUUCUUCCCAAACUUUUGCGAAUUGGGCAAACAGGAAAGGUGAAGGCCCAAGCAUCAGAUGCUGCCGCCACUACAGCUGCAGAUGCUUUUACUGAUUUCAAGCAUCUGCUUUUACCAAUAACGGAUCAAAACCCCUAUCUGUCGGAGGGUUCAAGACAGGCUGCCGCUACUACUGCUGCUUUGGCUAAAAAGUAUGGAGCUAAUAUAACAGUUGUAGUUAUUGGUGAAAAUGAAAAAGCUUCACAGCCACAACAUGAAACCCAAUUAUCAAGCAUUCGUUGGCAUUUAUCAGAAGGCGGAUUCCAGGAGUUCAAUAUAUUGGAGAGACUAGGGGAAGGGAAAAAGCCAACAGCAAUCAUUGGUGAAGUUGCAGAUGAGAUGAACUUGGAUUUGGUUGUACUAAGCAUGGAUGCCAUCCACUCCAAGCAUGUCGACGCAAACCUGCUUGCCGAGUUCAUUCCCUGCCCUGUUCUUCUUUUGCCGCUCUAGGAAGACAUAAGAUGUUGUAUGACUUCUCAUUUCGUGUUCAGGUGCAAUGCAGUUUUUUAAAUCGACACAAAUGGCCUUAGUUCGAAAUGAUGUUCUUUUUUACUCCUUGCCCCCAACCUGUUUAUGGGUUCUGCCGUUUCUUCAAUUGGUGGUCAGAUGUUUAUAGAACUUUGAAAGCAAAAAAUGAACCCUAUGCUUGGCUAACUAAGGGAGCGUUUUGCAUUGCUUAAAAAAGAGGUUUUCAGUUUUUCUUCAA